AUGUCCAAGACCCAAGUGCAACGAGUAGUCAAUGCUAGUAUGUCUAGAAAUUGCAAGAAAAAAUUCGCAUCCACAGUUUCCUCCUAGAUAGAUAUUAACAUGCAAAUUCAAAAUGUUUAAACAGUUCAAAAGUUUUACCCGAUUGCAUUAGCAGAUAAGACAUGGGAUAACACGGGCUUACUCGUGGACUCAAGCUUUGAAGAAGCAACCACAACGGCAUCACCAAUCAAAGUUCUCCUAACAAUCGACCUCACUCAAGCCGUGGCUGAAGAAGCUAUAAAUAAAAAUGUCAAAUUCAUCAUGGCCUACCACCCAUUCAUCUUUCGUGGAUUGAAGUCGAUUUCGCAGCAAGAUCCACAACAACGGUCGCUCCUCAAAUUGAUUCAAAACCGAGUCAGCGUUUAUUCGCCACAUACUGCAGUCGACAGCGCGCAAGGUGGCGUCAACGACUAUUUAGUCGACGUGAUCACCAAGGGCUCCAUUGUGGAAAAUAAAGUUCCACUUGAAGAAGAUGCCAAUUACCCCAAUAACGGCAUGGGUAGACUCGUUACGCUUCAGCAACCACAAUUGCUCUCGGAUCUAGUCAAUCGAGUCAAACUGGGGUUGAAGUUGAAACAUGUGCAAGUUGCCGCAUCGAAUGACAAGCAAGAGAUCAAGUCGAUUGCCAUUUGUGCUGGCUCGGGCGGUGGAGUAUUCAAGGGAGUCAAGGCUGAUCUAUACUUUACUGGAGAACUAUCGCACCAUGAAGCACUCUAUUUUAAGGAAUGCGGCUCGUCUGUCAUUUGUUGCAACCAUUCCAAUACCGAACGUGCAUUUUUGGCGGUGAUUCAGCAACAGUUGACGCAGGAGUUGGAAGCUGGGGACGAAGUCGUCAUUAGUGACGAGGAUAGAGAUCCUUUUGAGACUUGGUGA